AUGAAUCACCGAAUCUUCGUUGAACCGAGCCGAGAUCCAUGCCUCCACGAUAUCAAAUGGACAGCCACGGCCCGGCGUGAUGACCUUCCGAAGACGCCCGUCCUCAGUCUUAUCAGAUUCAAGUUUCGCCCGGAGGCGGAUUUCAUGGAUGAACAGCAUGUCGCACAUAUGCUAUGGCAGCAGUCGCUGGUCUUCAUAUCCACAGUCUCUGGCUUCCAGCGUCUUCUCUGGGCCCCGAUCUCAGAUGAAUCUCGGAGGGUGGAAUUCCAGCUGUCUUUCGGGCUUGGCCUUCUCCUUCCUCUACUGCAAGAAGUGCCUUUUUUGAAUCAUAGUGUUACACUCCCUCUCCCUCUGUGCUUUGCUGCGGGGCCUGGCCACUUUCUCGAGCUGGUGGAGCUUCGAUGGAUUGAGGAAGAAUGGCAAGCGGUGGUUGAGUCACUGAGAACGGCACCUUCAGACUCGGGCUUCCCUGGGCUCGUUUGUGGCAGUGGGGGAUGGUUCGAGGAACAACUGCCGCUCGAGUCCCGCACCUUUUUGGGCCUUUUGCUCUGGCGAACUCCACGAGAUGCAAUCACCUGGACUCCCCAUCAGACUGUACGCCACAACCUACAAGCCUUGAUCGGGCACACCAUAAGACAGUCCUCACUUGUUACCGCUUCUAUGCAUGAUUGCAGCUCCUCGGGUACGUCUCUCGCAGCCCGUUCAUCGGUAUCUCUCGCCGCUUACUCUGGCACGAUCUUCCAAACCCAGAUAUCCCCGCCCCAAUACACCUCCGAUAAGGACUUCGAAUAUCAAACUCGCUUUGACGUCCGAGCUCGCAAGAGCAUCGAUGAAGUCGCCUCCCGUCGUCGGAUCUGUCCCAGCCCCGAGGCCAUCUGGUGCCCCAUGGGUGCCAUGGGCCAGGGAGGGUUUCCAACGUUUCAAGAUGUCCCUUCACCCGCUGCAGCACCGACAGUCGAUAUGUUGUGGCUCCAGUUGAACAACCAGCACCCCGAGACCUUGUCCCUCGUGCAUAGACUCCGUCUCGCCAUCUACAAUAGUCUGGGAUUUCCUCGUUGUCGCUGGGGCCGCGAGACCAGCCAAGGUGCACCGGGAGCAGGGGUCUGCAGGAUGGGGAUACUAAUCGAAUGGAAAAAGACCCCGCAGCCAUCUACCUGGGCCCAACUCCAUACAUUGGUUGAUGAAGUGGUGUCUCAAGCCGACGGCACAAUCACGCGUAGCAGCCCGAGUAUAACCCGUUACUGCGCCUCGAUCCCCACAGAUCAACCCUGCCAUCUCGAGCUACUCUCCCUCUUCCUCGUCGACGCGGAAUGUCCCAAGCGCAUCCUGUGGUAUGCAUAUCAGCGGUUCACGAGCACAAUGUCCUGCCCUACUGCCCGGGGCCAAGUCUACAUCCAUCCGUCGCCUACUCUCGCCGCCCGUCCUGUCGCGCACGGCUUCCACGACGAGGGGGGAUUCGAUCCCAUGAUCCGGUUCUCAGCUAGCACGGUCUGGGCGAGUGCGGCGGCCCGGGAGGAAUGGUAUGCUGAUUUUGCGGACCAAGCGGCCUCCUGCUAUGAGCGGCUCGGGUAUAUUGUCGACUGGGUGCAGCUUGUCGUGGAGAGCGCGGAGAGUGCGGUCUUGGAGCUGGAGCCAGUUGAUGCAGAGGUUCUCGAAUGGUGGAAGAGUGGCCGGCAUCAGGCGAUGAGUCGGUGA